AUGAGGGCUCGUCAAGUAGCUUUACUUGCAACCGUCACAUGGGCGUUAUUGACUGUCCAGUCGAUUGUCCAAAGUGUCACCACCGGAGAUGUUCCGGGCUUCGCUGUCGGCACCACCGGAGGAGGCGACGCAACACCCGACCAUCCCAAAACCCUCGAGGAACUAGAAAAACUCCUCGGUGACGAUCAGCCGCGUGUGGUCGUGCUUGACAAGGAAUUUAACUUCCUCGGCUCUGCAGGGAACACUACCGAGACGGGAUGUCGACCCAAGUCCAACACUGAGUGUCUCGCCAAGAACAACGGCUUCAAGGGCCAGGACGUGAUUCUCUUCCCGGAUGACACCACGCUCACCCACACAGGAGGGUGUGACCAGCAAGUGAAGGUGGAGAUCACAUACGACAACGCCAACAAGCAAAUGCUUUCCGUUCGCAGUAACAAGACGCUGCGUGGAGUAGGCAAGAAGGGUGUUCUCAAAGGUAAAGGACUCAAGCUUGAAGGCGACAAUAUCAUCAUCCAGAACAUCCACAUCACUGAGCUCAACCCGCAGUAUGUGUGGAGAGGAGAUGCCAUGUAUCUGGGAGGAAUUGACGACCGAGCGCUGAAGAAAAUCUGGAUCGAUCACGUCAAGGUAUCGCGUGUUGGCCGGCAGAUGUUCGUUAGCGGUUUUGAUGGCGUCGAGAUCAUCACGAUCAGUAACUCGGACUUCGACGGUCGCAACGACUGGUCGAGUUCAUGUGACGGUCGCCACUACUGGGGGUUCAUUCUGGACGGCACCACCACGCGUGUGAGCUUUCUUAACAACUACAUCCACUCGACAUCGGGUCGUUCACCAAAAAUCAUCGGCGCGUCGAGUCCCAGUGCAAACGUGGUGGCGCAUAUUGCCAACAACUUCUGGUCCGACAACUCGGGUCAUUCGUUCGAGCCCGGAGAGAUCGCUUUCGUUCUGGCUGAAGGCAACUUCUUCGAGGGCACGGUGGAGCCCAUGCAGGCUGAUGCGGAGAAAGCGAGCAUCUCAGUGGCGGACGACUGCAGUGCGUCAUUGGGUCGGUCGUGUCCCGCUAACUCGGCUAAGACGAGUGGCAAGUUUGCCUCGGUGAAUGGAGAUCGAGCCUUGGAGACGGUGAAGAAGUACAAGGCGAUCACGGGAUACAAACCGGUUAAGGCUGCGCAGUUAUCGGAGUCGACCGAUAACUUCGGUGUUGGCUCCUUAGGCGAUUCACCGUCACAGGGAGAAGUGAACGAGGCCAAUGGUUCUAAAUCCGAUACGAACACAAAGCAGGAGGACCCUGCUCCCGUUGCAAAUCAAAAUGGAAGUCAGAAGGAGGAAGCGCCUCAGAACGAGAAUGACAAGGCUGGUUCAAAUGGUCUGGAGAACAGAGUUGACAGUGGCAGUAACAACGGAGACUCGCCGGCGCCCGCUAACCAAGGAAUCAAAGCGGAAGACAACACUCAACAAACUGGCGGCCAAGGAAGCGUGGCCAAGGACUUCGAUCCAGUGGCUACGACUUCCCACAAAUCUACGUGUGCAACGAAGCGUCGUCGAGCUUAA